UGAAUAACUGUGGGGAAAAUGACAGUAGAUGGGGAUAUGGUGGUGUUCAUACCCCAAAAGGAGAUCGUGUAUAACGGCCUGCUGCCUUACUCUGAGCGGCUGGACCGGGAGGCCACAGAGCUGUUGGCGGAGAUCAAAGCAAACCUGUGCAGAGCUGUUCUCCUCAGGGAGCUGUGGCCCGGGGUCGCUUUCUGGACCAGGAAACUCUUCUCGUUUCUAAAGCUGUAUGGCCGGAGGUUCAGCAAAGAGGACCACAUCCUCUUCAUCAAGCUCCUCUAUGAGUUGGUCACUCUGCCGAACCUGGAGCCGCACAUGAUGCAGUGCUAUGCCAGGCUGCUCAUUCAGCUUCUCAAGAAGAAGGAACUACUCUCAAGGGAUGACCUACAGUUGCCAUGGCGACCGUUGUAUGAUCUGUAUGAGAGAGUCAUCUACUCCAAAACUGAGCACCUGGGGCUCAUCUGGUUCCCCAACUCAGUGGACCACAUUUUAAAGGCUUUGAUCAAAAGCUGCAGACUGUAUUUCCCUGCGUCAUCCACCAAGGAGAUGCUGGAUGAGUGGCGCCCCCUGCUGUGUGUGUUUGACGUGGUCAUGCAGAAGGCCAUCAGCAACAUGGAGCUGUUCCUGCCCACCAUCAUGCCCCCGGAGGAACACAGCCAGGGCUUCCAGUUGUGGUUUGAUGAAUUAAUGAAUCUUUGGAUGUCGGUGCAAAAUCAGCCCAGCUGGGAAGGGCACCUAGUGAACCUGUUUGCUCGCCUUGCCAAUGAUAACAUCGGCUACGUGGACUGGACUCCUUAUAUCCCCACAAUCUUCACCAGAAUCCUGCGAAGUCUGAACCUUCCCGUUGGAGUCAGUCAGAUGGUGGCACCGAGGUAUCUUACUAACUCCUAUGACAUUGGAUACUUGGUGUUAUGGAUCACAGCUCUUCUGGGUGGACCAGGAAACCCUGCACAGAAAGAACUGUCCUGCCUCUUCAGCAGCAUAGCCUCCUUUUACCAUCCCUCCAAUCAUGGUCGCUGGCAGUCUCGACUGAUGCGGCUCCUUCAACGUCUCCCAGCAAGCGUAGUGCGUCGUGUGCACAGGGAACGUCACGCUGCACCUUGCUGGAUCACACUGGUUCCUGAGUCGCAGAGACUGACCGAUGCAGAUCUGCAGGAGUUCACCCGUAGUCUCAUUGGAGCUGCCCUGCUGGCCAUGUUCAGUAAAACUGGUAGCACAGAUGCAGCCUAUGCUCUUCAGAACCUGGCUCUCCUCACACCAGAACUUGCCAUACCACCUGUACUUGAGAAGACUUAUGCAGCAAUGGAGACGCUGACUGAGCCACACACCCUCACUGCUACUCUGAGCUGCAUGAUUGGCAUGGCACGCAGCCUGGUUUCACCUAACCAUUACCCAGAGGGCCGUGCACACGUGCUCCCACUGCUUAUGGGCUCUCUCCCAGGGGUGGACCCCAAUGACUUUAGCAAGUGCAUGAUAACGUUCCAGUUCAUCACCACCUUCACCACUCUGGUGCCUUUAGUGGACUGCUCAUCUGCUCCCUCUCAGUACACCGAUCUCACUGAGAUUGAAAAAGAUUUGUGCUUUGCCUCAGCUGGGUUUGAAGACUUCGUUCUGCAGUUCCUGGACAGGUGUUUUGCGCUGAUAGACAGCAGUACGCUGGAACAGACGAGAGAUGAGACGGAAACAGAUACCCAGACUCAUUUGGAGAGCCUGGUGGAACUGGGACUCUCCUCCACUGUUAGCACAAUCUUAACACAGUGCUCCACAGAAAUAUACAAGGUUGCAUUGCAGAAGCUCUUUAACUUUGCCACCUCCAGCAUCUUUGAGACGUGUGUUUCAGGCAGGAUGGUUGCUGACAUGUGCAGGGCUGCAGCAAAGUGUCAUCCUGCUGAGUCUCUCCGUCUGUUCGUCCCUCACUGCUGCAGCGUCAUCUCCUACAUUACUGACAAUGAAGAUUUGAAGAAUGAAGACGAACUGGACAAAGAGCUGUUGUGGAAUCUCCAGCUGCUCUCCGAGGUAACCCGUGUGGAUGGCGAACAGCUGUUGAAAUACCAAGGGGACCUGGAGCGGAUCCUGUGUGUGUGUGUGCGUCUGCGCUGUAAGCGGGCGUACACACUUGCCUGCAAUCUGUUGGAGCACACACUCCGGUCGCUGUCCCUCAUCUAUCCUACCGAGUACCGCAGCACCUCUGGAGGUUUUGAUACUGACCUCCCUAUAAGGGACUGGGGCAGAGCUGGAAAUGUGACAGCUUUGGGCCUGUGUUGGCAUGCACCAAGCCAGGAGGAGGAGAACUUUGUCUUUCAGUUAUUGUCCCACCUCCUGAGCCCUGAACUGCAGCGAAUCAAAGGCCACGUCUAUGGAGAUCAGCCAAUGACCAGGGAGGAGUUGUUGCAGAGUCUUGCUAUUGUGCAGCACUGCCUUCUUGGAGCUGGAAGCUUGCUGCCCCCUUUGGAUGGACCGCUAGUACCUGACCUGGUGCCCUCUAUGGUAAAUCUGGGGGAGAUCAAGCUGCAUGUAGGGGUUGAGUAUGAUGAUUCACAGGAAAACUACAGAGAGUCCAUCUGCCAAACUAUGAGACUGCUGCUUUGUCACAUCUUGAAGCACUCGGAGGAUGAUACCAAGUCACUGUUUGUCAUCAUUAAGAUUAUCAGUGACCUCAUGUUUUUUCGUGGCACUCAUAAGAAGGAGUUUGACUCGCGCUGGAAAAGCUUUACUCUUGUUAAGAAGUCCAUGGAAAACAGGCUUCUCGGGAAAAAGCAGCACAUUAGAGCGCUGCUCAUUGACCGGGUUUUACUCCAGCAUGAGAUGAGAAAGCUGGUGGUUGAGGGCAGUGAAUACAAAGUGGUUCAUCAGGAUCUGCUCUGUGAUCUGCUGCUGCUUUCUACCAGCACGUACAGCCAGGUACGCAGCAGGGCACAGAAUGUGCUGUUGACCGCAAUGGGAACCUAUAGCUUCUCUUACAGAGACAUGAUUCCCCACAUCUUACAAAUGCUGUCACCGCAAAACACCACAGUUUCAGAACAGCAGUUCAAGGGUGCUCUGUACUGCCUUCUGGGUGCACAGAGUGGUUUUUGUCUAGCCAGCACAAGGGACUGGGACUGCAUUGGGGAGGUGUGGCCGGCUCUGGUCCGCUGUGGCUUGUCACCCUCGAUGACCCUGGAGAAGCCAUCCAUUGGUCACUUGCUUGAUGACAUCACUGACAGGAUCCACCGCCAGCAUGACUCCAUUGGAAUCAUCUUCACUGUAUCUGAGGGAUGCGUUGAGCUAGCCAAUGAAAUGGCACAAUCUAAAAAUCCUGCACCUUGUUUAGAGUUACCAUCCAAGGAGGAGAUGAAAGAGGGGGGUCAACGUCAGCGAAUCAGAAAUGUGGUUGCUGCACGGAAAUAUGAGAAGCUGGUCAAUGACCUCUUGGACUGUCUUGAAGACAAAGACUUGCCCUGGAAGUUCGAGCACAUGGCUACAGACUUGUUGGCUCUCCAGCUGAGGGACGAUCACCCCCUUCCCCCUGACGCUGUCCUCUACUUCACACAGAGUCUUGUUCAUGACUCCAUCAGCAUACGCAAGGUUGCCAUUUCAGUGAUGGCUGGUAUCCUGAAACAGCUGAAACGGCAGAGAAAGAAAGUUUCUGUGAAGCCGUCAGAUAUCAGUGAUAUCCAGGAACCAGAGGGGAUGUGUGUAGGGGAUCGUGAGGGGAAUCGCUGGCUGCAGUACGAUAGCAACAAUCUACCUCUGAGUCAAGAACAGUGGGACUCUCUGCACUAUGUGGAGAAAACACACUGGGGCUACUACUCAUGGCCGAGAGAAAUGAUGAUCUAUGCAGCUUCUGAAAAGCCACAAGAUGACCUGCCAUAUGAGGAGAUGAGUGAGGGAGAAAAGAUCAUCUUUGAAUAUUUUUCGGACCCUGAAUUUAUCGAUCAGCUGAUAGAGUUUCUGUCACUGGAGGAGCGGAAAGGAAAAGACAGCUUCAACCCUCGACGCUUCUGUCUCUUCAAGGGACUGUUUCGUAACUAUGGCGACAUGUUCCUACCAUUGCUAUGGCCCCACCUGGAGCAGCUCGCUAGUGACCCCCAUGAGAGCUCCCAGCGCUGUGUGUGUGAGAUUACUGCAGGACUAAUCAGAGGCAGCAAACACUGGAGUUUCAGCAAGGUGGAAAGGUUAUGGCAGCUUUUGUGCCCUUUGAUCAGGACAGCUUUAACCAACAUCACCGUGGAAACCUACACAGACUGGGGCACGUGCAUCGCUACAGCUUGUGAGGGAAGAGACCCCAGAAAACUCCACUGGCUGUUUGAGCUGCUGAUGGAGAGUCCCCUCAGUGGAGAGAGUGGCUCAUUCAGAGAUGCCAGUUUGCUGUAUGUGCUUCAGGGAGGUUUGGCCCAGCAGCAGUGGAGAGUCUCUGAACUCCUGCACAGGCUGCUGGCUUACCUGGAGCCCAAACUCACCCAGGUGUAUAAAAAUGUGAGGGAGCGCAUUGGCAGUGUCCUGACCUAUAUCUUCAUGAUAGACGUGGCCCUGCCCCACACAAAACCCACCUUCUCCCCCCACGUGGCAGAAUUCGUCACUCGGGUCCUAGAGCGACUCAAGCCCCUCACAUCAGAGCCGGAGAUUCACAACCACGUCCACGAGGAGAACACUCAGGAGACAGAUGAGCGCACCCAGGCUGUCAAACUCCUGAAGACGGUGUUAAAAUGGUUGAUGGCAAGUGCCGGGCGAACUUUCACCACUCCUGUUCAGCAGCAACUGCAGCUGCUGCCUCUACUAUUUAAGAUUGCCCCAGUGGAGAUUGAUGAGAGCUAUGAUGAGAUGAAGCAGGAUGCACGCACGUGUCUCUCUCUUAUGUCCCAGGGCCUGUUGUAUCCUGAGCACAUCCCUCUGGUUCUGGCAGCACUCGAGGAGAUGGCAGGCAGCAGAUCGUGGCAUGCGCGCUUCUCAGUACUGACCUACCUCCAGAUCAAGGUUUUCUACAACUUGUUUACUCUGCUCAGUUUUCCCGCUGAGGUUCUCCGCAUCCGAAAGCUGGUGAUGCAGCUGCUGCUUGAUGAACAGCUUGAGGUGAGGGACAUGGCUUGCACCACCCUCAGUGGUUUACUGCAGUGCCAGUUCUUCCCUCUGGACUCCAGUCUGCAGACACAGCUCCAGACGCUGAGUCAGACUUGUCUCCCCAAGGCCAGAGGAGAGUUGGCCUCCACAGACUUAGUGCGGCGCCAUGCCGGAGUGCUCGGCCUCAGUGCAUGCAUCCUGUCCAGCCCCUACGACGUUCCACACUGGAUGCCUCAGAUACUCAUGGACCUGAGCGACCAUCUCAAUGACCCACAGCCUAUAGAGAUGACGGUGAAGAAGACCCUGUCGGAGUUCAGACGCACUCACCAUGACAACUGGCAGGAGCAUCGGCAGUGCUUCACUGACGACCAGCUGCUUGUGCUCACAAACCUGCUGGUGUCGCCCUGUUACUACGCCUAA